GUCACCGUUUGAUUAGCAUCCCACCUAACCAACAAUUGUAUAGGCAUAUUUAUGAUACGUUACUGGAAUCCUCACUUUUUCGUCGCGCAUGCGCAUGAGUUUACCCAACUUUUUAUCACUACUUCUAUCGUGCCGGACUGUGUGACAGUGCUGACAGUGCAUCCAGUGGCACCGGCUGUGAUCGACGUUUAUUGAUAGUGAGUGUGGAUUCAGUUGUUUAACCGACUGCCACGUAUAUACUCGGUGACACGUCGCAGUCAUGUCGUGCAACGAGAACGCCGUUGUACCGCCGAGUAAAAAGUUAAUGACGACAUGCACAAAUGUGUCAGAACAGGCACAUCAUGUGUCGCGGGCGAAGCGAGGUCAGGCGAUCGGUAACAUCCGUGGUUUCCGGGGUUGUACGGUAUGGCUAACAGGUCUGUCGGGUGCCGGGAAGACUUCCAUCUCUUUCCAAGUAGAGGCGAUUCUGGUGAACCAUGGAAUUCCUGCAUAUGGCCUAGAUGGCGACAACGUGCGCAGCGGCCUAAAUCGCAAUUUGUCCUUCAGUAAGCAAGACCGCAAGGAGAACAUCCGUAGAGUGGCAGAAGUGGCGAAACUGUUUGCUGAUAGCGGGCAAAUUUGCCUGUGCAGUUUUGUGUCUCCCUUCGAGGAGGAUCGGCAAAUGGCCAGACAGAUCCACAGGGAGGCUGACUUGCCGUUUUUCGAGGUAUUUGUCGACACGCCAUUACAAGUCUGCGAAGCCCGCGAUACGAAGGGUCUGUACAAGAAGGCUCGCGAGGGCACGAUCAAGGGAUUCACUGGCAUUGAUCAGAUGUAUGAACGGCCAGUACAGCCUGACCUGGUCGUCAAGACGGAAAACUGCACUCCUGAAGAUUCCGCGUCUACAGUGAUCGAGUUCUUGGAGAAAAACCACAUAAUUCCGCAGCUCGAAAAGCCGUCAGCACCGAUCCGAGAGCUACUCGUGCCAUAUUCCAGAUUAGUCGCUACGAAAGCGGAAGCAGAAACUCUCCAGAGUGUGGAGAUCAACAAACUUGAUGUGCAAUGGGUGCAGAUUUUGGCGGAAGGUUGGGCGGCACCGUUAACGGGAUUCAUGAGAGAACAUCAGUACUUACAGUUCAUAUCCAAUCACACCUUCGACAUACCAUUUAAGGCUCAGCAUUUGCGAUGCUUGUUGGAAGACGGCAAGGAGGUGAACCAAUCGGUACCAAUCGUAUUGGCCAUCAGCACGACAGAGAAAGAUCGCUUGGAGGGCUCGUUUGCCGUGACAUUAAGAUAUCAAGGCAAGGCCUUGGCAAUUCUACGAAGACCAGAAUUCUAUUACCAUCGAAAAGAGGAGCGCUGCUGCUGGCAGUUUGGUACCAACAACUUGGCACAUCCGUACGUCAAAAUGAUACACAAUUCCGGCGACUGGUUGAUGGGCGGUGACCUCGAAGUGCUCGAGAGGAUCCGUUGGCAUGACGGCCUCGACAAAUAUCGACUUACACCCAACGAGAUCCGUAUCAAGUGUCGGAAAAUGAAAGCCGACGCAAUAUUCGCUUUUCAACUGAGAAACCCUAUACACAACGGUCACGCGCUGCUGAUGCAGGACACAAGGAAACGUUUGUUAGAAGAGAGGGGUUUCAAAAAUCCUGUGUUACUACUGCAUCCACUGGGCGGAUGGACAAAGGAUGAUGACGUGCCGCUGUACACUAGAAUACUUCAGCAUAAGGCUGUUCUAGACGAAGGCGUGUUGGAUGUCAAUUCCACGCUGCUCGCUAUUUUCCCCAGCCCGAUGAUGUAUGCUGGACCGAUUGAGGUGCAAUGGCAUGCGAAAGCCAGGAUGAACGCUGGCGCGAACUUCUACAUUGUCGGCAGGGAUCCAGCGGGUAUUCCACACCCUGAUAAGGAUGCCACGCCAGACGGUAAUCUCUAUGACCCCACUCACGGGGCUCGCGUACUCUCCAUGGCCCGAGGUCUUCACAGCCUGGAGAUAAUACCGUUUCGCGUGGCUGCCUACGAUAGUAGGCACGCCAAGAUGGCUUUCUUCGAGCCCGAGAGAAAGCAAGAUUUCGAAUUCAUUUCGGGCACCAAGAUGCGAGGAUUGGCAAAAGCUGGCCAAGAUCCACCGGAUGGUUUCAUGUCGCCCAAGGCAUGGAAAGUACUCGCGGAAUACUACCAAAGUCUUGAUACAAAAUGAACCAAAUGACUAGAAGUAUAUUAAAAUUAAAAGAAUGUUAGGAAUUACACUACGCGCAAAAAUAGGAACACCACUUGAUACGUCUUCAACAAAUAUAAGCAUAAGUUUUAAGCGUAACUUGCUUACAAAUAACGAUAGAGUUUAGUAGAAAAAGCAGCUUACUGAGUAUUUAACGUUACGCCUUUUCAACGUGUUUACUAAGCGAUUUAGCAUAUCACGAGUAUGCUAGAACAAAUACGGGUAUGUGACAAUUAGAGAUGUGCGAAUCAAGAAUUUUCAUGUUGAAUCGAAUCGAAUC